GACGCCAUGACAGGUCACGUGAUGUAAAUUUUUGUUGGGCAUGCGCGACUACCGAAUAUCUUCCGAGUGAUUUUGAAACGGUGAGAUUUUCUUGAAGAACUAAAUUUUAAACCACAUUUCGUGUUUAUUAAAAAAAAUUAUUCGUUUGUAGCAUCGUUAAGUGCCAGUGGAUGACAGUGUUGCAGUGUUUAGUUAUAAAGGUCAAAUCUAUACAAGGCUCUUUUCUUAUUUUCACAUCUAUAUAAAAAAGCAGUGAAUUAUUACAAUUGUGAUUGGAUUUCCAAGCAACGAAGACAUCAGUAAAUGGAGAUGACGUAUGACAGUGACGUCAUCGCCAGGAUUUGUGAUAAAGUUUUGUGCUAAGUGUUCGUUCGGUGCCGUUUCUGUGUUCGCGCUCGAGUGCCGGUGCCGUGGGGGUUAAAGUGGCGCCACCGCGUGUGCAAUGACUGUUAUAUGGAGGACAUUCUGUGAUACGAGCAAGGAACUCUUGGAUUUAUCGGAGAAGCUGAUUUGCUAAAAGAUGGCACACUAUCCUCAACCAGCCACGCUGGAAGCGGCGCUGCCGCUGCUGGUGCGCCCCGACCCCCGCCUCCGCCAGCAGCUCGGCGAGCGGCUCGCGGCGCUCGUCCGGCGCGAAGAGAUCACGCACGAGAUCGUGGGCCCGUUGCUGGACGCGCUCAUCACGUGGCUCAAUGGUGGAAACUUUAAGGUGGCUCAGAGCGGGUUGGAGGUGAUAAGCGCGCUCGCGGAGCGGAUGGGACACGAGUUCUCGCACUACGUGCCGACUGCGCUGCCGCAUAUAAUCGACCGCCUCGCGGACACGAAGGAGGGCGUGCGCGUGGCGGCGCGCACGUGCGUGGCGGCGCUGAGCGACAGCCGCGCCGUGGCGCCGCGCGCGCUGCUGGCGCGCCUGGCGCCCGCGCUGCAGCACAAGGCGCCGCACGCGCGCGAGGAGGCGCUGCGCUGCGUCGCCUCGCUGCUGCACGAGCACGGCGCGGCCGAGCUGCAGCUGCGCGGCGCCAUCCCGAGCCUGGCGGCGCUGGUGGCGGACCCCAACGGCGCCGUGCGCGACGCCGCCAUGCAGCUGCUGGUGGACGUCUACCGGCACGUCGGUGAACGUUUGAGACAGGAUCUGAAGAAGAAGGAGCUGGUGCCGGCUCAGAAGCUGGCCAUACUCGAGCAGAAGUUUGACGAGGCGAGAGAGGCGGGAUUGUUGCUGCCCUCUGCAACCCAAGGCACAGACGAAACGGACUUCGUGUCCCGAACAGUGAAACGAACGAUGACGAUCCCGACCUCCGCGCGCAGUCGCGACGGAGACAGCAGCGGGGCCUCCACGCCAGCGUGCGAGCCGCCGAAGCGGACGGUGGCAGGUCUGUACAGCUUGCCGUCCGCCAGCAGGAAGCCCCCGCCGCCGACCAAGCUCGCCAGCUCCGGCGGCGGCGCCGGCGAGGCGGGCGCGGUGUCGGGCGAGGCGUUCGAGGCGGCGUUCGCCAGCAGCGCGCCGGCCGCCGUGUACGGCGCGCGCGGCCUGGACGACCACUGCCGCCACGCCGCCGCGCUGCUGGGCGACCGCGCCGCCGACUGGGAGAAGCGCGUCGACGCCCUCAAAAAGAUUCGCUCGCUGCUGACGGCGAACGCGCACGUCCAGUUCCCGACGGAGUUCGCGGCGCACCUCAAGGACCUCUCGGUGCCCUUCUUGGUGGUUAUCAAGGAUCUGAGGAGUCAGGUGGUCCGCGAGGCUUGCAUCACCAUCGCUCACAUGGCCAAGGUGCUAAAGAACAAGCUGGAACAGUUCAGCUUGUACAUCCUACAGGAGUUGAUCAACCUCAUACAGAACGCCGCCAAGGUGGUGUCGUCGGCGGGCACGGUGUGCGUGCGCUACAUCGUGACGUACGUGCACGCGCCGCGCCUCGUGCCCGUGCUGGCCACCAACCUCACCACCAACAAGAGCAAGGAGAUACGCGCCACGCUCGGGGAGGUGCUGGUGCUGCUGCUGGAGCGCUGGAGCCCCAGUAGUGUGGAGAAGCAGCAAGCCGUCAUGCGCGACGCUAUUAGGCGUGUCUGUGCGGACGCAGACGGCGCCGCCAGGAACUACGGACGCAAAGCGUACUGGGCGUACAAGCGGCACUUCCCGGAGGACGCGGAGGCGCUGUUCUCCCGCCUCGACGUGGCCGCGCAGAAGCAGAUCGAGCGCGAACGGCUCGGCAGCCUCGACAGCCUGCACACCAUCGCCACCGGUAGAACUGUAACGAGCCCGAGGAGCCCUUCGGCGAGUGUCUCAGAGCGCUCCCCGGGCGGCGCGGCGCGCUCGGUGUCGGCGCUGGACGCGGCGGCGGCGCAGCGCGCGCGCGCGCGGGCGCUCUACUCGCACCUGGCGCGCUCCAAGGUGGCGGCCGGCACCGCCAGUCUGCCCCGAGCUAAAAGGUCUCCAGUGAGCGCGGCCGUCCCUCCGAGUCCCGAGAGAGUAGUGGGUCGCUCCAGGUCUCGCCCGGGUGUGUCCCAAUCGCAACCGACAUCCCGUUCAUCAUCCCCAUCGUCCCGGAGCGGGCCGGUGUCGCUGUCCAGCGCCCGCAGGCGACCCUCGGGGAUCCCCCGCUCGCUGGCCGGCUCCAGGGAGACCAGCCCCACGCGCAGCGGGCGCUCCAGCAGCGUGGCGGGCGCCGUGAGCCUGCGGCGCCGCGAGUCGGUGGAGCGCCCGCAGCGCGCGCCCGCCGCCACGCUGCGCCUGCUGCAGCAGAGCCGCGACGCCGAGGCCGCGCUCCGGAGCCCGGAGGACAGCUCGGCCUGCGAGGUGCGGCGAGACGACGACUCCGAGGCGUCCAGUGUGUGUUCGGAGCGCAGCCUAGACUCUUAUCGCAGACAUGAUAGCGUGUCGUGGUCGGGCUCGGGGCGCCUGGGCUGGGAGAGCUCCCCGCCGCCGCCGCCGCCGCCCGACGACAUCAUCGCGCUGUGCGCCUGCACGCACUGGACCGAGCGCAAGGACGGCCUCACGCAUCUCGCCAACUACCUGAACAGCGGUCGUUUGUUGACGGAGGAGCAGCUCCGGCGCCUCACGGAGUUGCUGAACAAGAUGUUCGUAGACGCGCACACGAAGGUGUUCUCGUUGCUGCUGGACGCCGUCUGCGAACUGCUGCUGGUGCAUUGGCAGCAGCUGCGUGACUGGCUCUACCAACUCAUGUUUAGAUUGCUGAUGAAGCUCGGCACAGAUAUCCUAGGUUCCGUACAGAGUAAGAUAAUGAAGACAUUGGACGUCAUACACGAAUGCUUCCCGGCUGAACUCCAACUGCACAAUAUAUUUAGGUUCCUGGCGGACGGCGCGACGGCCCCGACGGCCAAGACCAAGGUGGCCGCGCUGCGGUUCCUGGCCGACCUCGCGCACGACUACUGCACGCCCAGCGGGCUGGCGCUCGCGCUGCACGGCGGCGCGGGCGGCGCGGCGGGGCGCGCGCUGGCCAAGGUGUCGGCGCUGGCGGCGGACGCGCGCGCGGCCGACGUGCGCCACGCCGCGCGCCGCGCGCUCGCCUGCCUGUACGACUGCAACCCCGUGCCCUUCACAGCGCUGAUGUCGGAGCUGCCGGCGGAGACGCAGGCGCUCGUCAACGGAGUGGUGCAGCAGCACGUGCGCCGCACCUCUAGCACAGGCAGCGACAGUCCGCUCCGGACGUCCACCACCAACGCGAACUCGAACAACGCGGAGGACGUGUACUCCCGCAUCAGAAAAACCACCAACGAGAUACACACGUACACAGCACAGCACUCGAACGCGGAGUGCGGCAACCACAUGUCGAGCAAGGACUCCGGCAUCAGCCAGAUGUCGGACGCCACGCUGUCGCGCGGACACAACGGCGCCGCGCCCGCCACCAACGGACACUGCGCCGACAUGAUCGGUCGCGCGGCGUCGGCCGACAGCUCCGAGGAGGCGAGCAGCACCAAGGAGUCUUCACCCACCCCCCACGCUAGGCUCGACUACGGUCACGGUGACUACAGCGCAGGUCACCUGGGCCGGGACAAGGUGAAGCCCUUCGAGGUGGACGAAAAUGGAUUGAUCAUUACCAAAUCUGGCUUGCGCGAGGUAGAGGUGCUAGAGGCGCUGUCGACGCUGGACGUGUCGUCGGCCUCGCCCGAGCUGGUGGAGCGCCUGCUGCUCGCCACGCACGAGGUGCUCAAGUACGGCGACUGUCGCCGUCCGCAGGAGUACUUCAAGAACAUAGUCCGCGUGUCGCUGGCGGCGCUGUCCAUCGAGGAGAACGCCGCCGACAAGGAGAACGCCGACAGCGCGACCAACGCGCAGCAGCCGUCCGGCUGGGGCUCGGCGCACGAGCGUGCGGCGGCGGAGGCCGUGAAGGUGCUGAUCUGGCUGUGCCGGCGCGCCGAGACGCGCCCGCAGUGGCUGGAGUACUUCGACCUGAUCCUGCUGAAGCUCAUCAACGCGUACGGCGCGCUCAGCAAGGAGGUGAUGCGCGCCGUGGACGCCGGCCUGCCGCACGUGGCGGCGGCGCUGCCGGCGGCGCAGGUGCUGGCGCUGCUGAAGCCCGUCAUCCGCACGCGCGGCUACCCCACGUCGCUGUGCGCGCUCAAGCUGGCGGCCGAGGUGGCCAAGGCGCGCUCGGCCGAGCUGUGCGACGACACCGUGGCGCAGCUCAUGGAGGGCGUGGGGCAGCUGGCCGACCACCAGAACUCGGCGGUGCGCAAGGCGGCCGUGUUCUGCAUGGUGGCCUUCACCUUCGCGCUGGGCGAGGAGCGCAUGCAGCCGCACCUCAAGCACCUCUCCGUCAGCAAGUACCGCCUACUGCAGGUGUACAUCAGCAAGCAGCGCGAGGAGGCGGCCAAGGGCAGCUCGCACUCGUAGCGGCGACCCCGACGCGCCUCGCGCAGCACGCAGACCGACUGACCGCCCGCGACACCGACACCGACACCGACACCGCCUGCGCCUCGGCCGGCCGACGCGACCGCGGCCCCGCGCCUCUAUGUGAGCUCAGCCUACGUUGCAUUUAGUGUUCUUUUCGAUUGUUAUUCCGAAUCAUUUUGUAAAACGAUGUCUGAUAUUCUUAUUAAACUAUCGUUAUUUUAAUGUUGGGCAGUAACGCUCCCGUCGGCCAUAGAGGUUGCGAUCUCGAUACGAAAUAUAUGUAAAGACUCCUCUAUGAGUUGUAGUUAUAUUUUUCUAAGCAACGCAUUUAUCGCUGUGGUGUUGUGUGCGAGCGGCGCGGGGAGUGCGCGCGGGGGGCGUGACCGUGUGACGUCACAAUAGUUUGCCGAAAUGGAGGAGCACACUAUGUAUAUAUGAGUAAAUAAAACGAUACCCGGCAGCGCUAUUCUGUGAGAAGAAGCUCGAAACUCACCGCAGAACACGAGCGAGAAAUUUCAGAUUAUACAUUACAAAAUUUACAGUAAACUGGCGUAUCACCGUAGGCCGGUUGUGAAAAUUUCUCGAGUGAGAUCCGAAGUGGAUUCUCACCGAAUCUCACUGCCGUAAUAUGAACGAUAUGUAUUCUAACAGAUAAUAUUAAAUUAAACUCCAUUUUGUCAAUCUGCCGUCGUCGAUGAAGUAUCUUAGACUAACCCCGAUGCAGAGGGAUCGUGUGGCGGGACUGGCGUGGAGUACAGUCGAGAGGGAAAGGCUAACACGAUAUACAUAUACAAUGACAUAGAACAUAACUCUAGGCUAAUUUUCUAAUUCUACAUAGACAUGUAAAGCGACUACGAUUCAGGGAGUUUUCUUCUCGGCUGUAACUAAAUUUAUUGUACAAGUAAUACAUGGAUUGUAGCGAUAUUUUAUUCCACUAAAGAUUGCCAGUCGGUCUAUCUCUCUUUAAAUAGUUACUGUGACGUCACUAUAUAAUACUGUCUCUUUCUAAUGUAGUCUCGAUUUCUUGUAAGAUUGUGUAGAAUUUGACAAAUGAAUCUUUCAAUUUAUGUACAUAUUAUAAAACUAAAGCCAAGCUCAAAAUCCAUCGUAAUAUUAAUUUUGAAACCUAUUUUGCUACCGUUGUGGUUGAAUUUCGUGUGUAGCUCUUCUAUAAAUCUUCAGUAAGAUAUUUGUGUUGGUCUGUUACACCGGAUGUAUUUAAGGCUGAUAUUGCUAAUAUAAUGUAUAUAUAUAUAUAUAUAUGAUUAAUUAUUGAUAUAUAUUAGCAGACUCUAAAGUAAUUUGAAUAAUGAAUAUAGCGGCUGCAAAAUAAUUAACGUAGUUUUUUCAUCAAAAAUAUCAUAUAUAUAUAUAUAUAUAUAUAUAACAAAACCCAUAUACAUAAGCCAUUUCAACACUGACAAUAGUUUAUAGCUACGUGUAAUAUAUGUACAUAUAUAUCUUUAGUGGAAUAAAAUGUCUCGUAGAAGAUUUACACUUUGAUUUGGUAUAUGCUAGACGAAACUUAGGAACAUUCUCGAUAUUAUUUUAAAUAAUACGAUAACGGCGUGUUGGUUUACGGCGGGGUUUGAUUGACUGACGAAUAUCACUGGUUCGAUUCCCGUUACUUUAUAUGUGAUAUGAAAUGAUUUACUGAAAUAAAUAGACGUGAGUGAUUCAAACAUCGACCGUAAUGUUAAGAGGUAAGGCUUAAAUUCCUGUAAUGUUGUUGUAUAAAUUAUUGCAAUGAGGACGGUAUGUACAGUUUAUUAAUUGUAUCCGCGAUGUGCUAGUGUCGCGUGCGCGAUCGUUUUGUGGUCAAAUCAUUAGUCCGUUGACCAACCCCCCCCCCCCCCUUGUCAUUAAUAUUUGUAAACUGCGAAACGAUCGCGUACAUUAAAAUCGCUUUAGUAUUAAGUGUACGAUGUCUCGAACGCACUGGAUUUAUUCCUUAUAGUUGUGUCACACGGCUUAAGAAUAUUUGAACGGAUUUCUCUUCCGUGUAACUUUUUUAUCUGUGACGAUUGAAGACUUAUCUUUCCUUUUGUAAACGUAACUUAUUAAUCACAGGUAUACUGGUAACUAAUUGGCGUUUUCGUAAGUUGUCAACAUAUAUUGUCAAUAUUUUCAUAGUAUAUGUGCUGCAGGGGGUCCGUUCAAGUAUCUUAAUGAUAUCACAGUCAUCAGCUUUGCUACGGACUAAGCCUACUUAGAAUUAAAAUGUAUGUUUGAAUAGUUGGAAAUAUUUGAUACCAGACAGGAGUUGUUUAUGUGAAAUUGGACUUUAUUUCUUAGUAUAUAAGGUUGAUUUUUGUACAUAUUUCUCAACUAUUUACAUACAUUUCUGUGCUAUUAACUUCACGGGGCAAAUUAUGACUAAGACAUCGUAGUGCUGGUGUAGUGUUGUUUUAUUAAAGCUAGGUAUCGUUACGUCGGUCUGUUCGGUGCAUUUUUUUAUGUAUGUAUAAUAUUAUCAAUGAAACUAAUGCCUCUGAGAUUUCUAAUGUUUUAAUUAAACGGCGACGCUAACCAGUCGUUAUAACAUGUUAAUAUUGACAUAAGGUGAGCGCACAUUACGCACGGCUUGGGGGGGGGGUAUAUAUAAAGGAAAACAGGAAAUAUUAUGAAACAAUUAUUUUUGUUUCAAUCUUUGUCGUAAGCAUUCAAGUUCGAUAGAUGAUAGUUUUACGAUUUUAUAAAAAUGAUUCCCUUUAUUAUUAAAGAAUAUUAUUCAAUCCUAGAAGCUCCCCCCCCUUCUUUUCGCUCGCUUACGUAAAUCGAACACCCUUAUAAAGAGAAGGAGGAAAAUAUAUUACCGACUGCAAUGGACGUCAACCUCGGAUUUCAUUUAAGCGAACAAUAUAAACGCGGAGAGAGAUGUCUGGAGAUGGAAAGACAAUUGAAAAUGGACCAUUCCAAGUGGAGAUGGAUUUAUUUUAUAAAAUGGCGUCAGGAUCGCUCGUGCCUUUGCCGAUGUUACUCGAUUGAAUUGUAUGAUACUCUGACGGGGGACGGACCGCGACUCGCUCUCUCGCCGCGGUCCCGGCGUCCGGUCCGCGUCCGGUCCGCGUCCGUCUGUCUGUAUGUAACUGUAUUGUACAUUAUAUGUAUAUGUUUUACGUUCGCUAAAGACGCUUGGCGAGUUUAUGUGAUCGAUAACCAAAUGUUGGUUCAAAAAUGUUAGUUUUCUCUAUAUAUUAACCUUUAUUUCGCCGUUUUAUAAUCGACGCGUCGUGGUUUGGUCGCUCUGUGUCCGAACAACUCAUCGAUGUAUACAUAAUAUAUGUUUCCACCCUCUCACACAUACGCAUAUAUGUUAUAAAUAAUAUUUGGUAACAAUAAUAAUAAAACUAAUAAUAGCGCGCUUACAGAACUUCGUUAUAUAUUAUCUAAUGUAUAGUUUAAAAUAUGUAUAUUUGAAAGUUGCUAUAUAUACGUAAAAAUGCAUAAAAAACUAUCGAUUUUAGACAAACGAAUGUGGUCUUUAAAAGCCGAGCAAUAGAACCGAAAGUCUAUUAACAGAACAAUCCCCCCCCCCCCCUCCACCAACCGAACGUUCAAACCACGACGCGUUCGAGUCUUAUGUAAUCGUUGGUACGUAUAUGUGAUUUCUAGUUGACUUUUUCUUUUUAAGUUGCGAUGAAAGAGAUUGUGUUAAAUUAUGUAGGUCUAAUUGAAACGUAUACCUUCGCGUAUUUAUUCAGUUGCAUUCGUUCAGAGACUCGGUCGCGAACGAAUGGCUAGUUGAAAUCGAAAUUACGUUCCAUUUUUUGAAAAUUCACUUUUUAUAUCGGAGCUGAAUGUGUACGCGAACUUUUUUUUCAUUAAAUAACUACGAUACGUGUUCGGAUUUAUAACUAAAUAUAUUUUUUAUUUCAUUCUCUCAUUAACGCUUUAAUAUAAUUAGAGACUAAUAUUUUUUUUUUAUAUAAAUCAUUUAUAUUCUUCUGUAUAAUGCUGACCGAAUAUGAGAUGCUGUUACGUAUAGAGUACAUUCCAAUUGCAGGAGGAGAAAGAUAAACAAACCUUAGAUUUAAAUAUUUCGUUCAAGUUGCUAAUACUUCUGUUACAUUGUGCACUACAAACUGUUCUUGAGUAAUAUAUCUUUAUUUACUAUUUAACUACUUCUAUACACUUUCAUUUUACUUCCACAGUUCCGUUAAUUCAUCAACAUUUGCUUAAGAAUUCAUAACGGAUGUCAAUUCCAUGUAAAGGUUAAUUAUUUGUCUUUACUCGUCCUGCGAUUGGUUAUAGUGUGUUUGGUUCAUGUGUCGGGUUUUUGAAAAGCGACGUGCGAGUGAGAUGGUGAUAAUUGAUGUACGUAGAAAGAGACGCAACGAUAGCCCGCGGUCAGCAUUGUCGUAGGCAGGUUUCAAUAAAGCACUUAGAAUCUCAUUUGACUUUGUAUACGAUUGAUGGAAAAGGUUUUUACAAACAUCACAAAUCAUAAUUUUCAUUUAGUUUAUUAUUAUUAUUGACUUCUCACCCCUCGCCAUCCAAAUGCAUUAUUUAUUUUUUAGAAUAAAAUUUUACGUUUACGAUAAGUGUUUUUUUUUUAAAUUAAUAAAUAAUAGCAUUGAAAUCUGUCUACAUUGUUUUUUUUUUAAUUGUACUUUCCAUGUCAUAGAUUAAAGAGAUGUUUUCUUAGUGUUACCACAUUGAUAUUUGUCAAUCGUAAUUUUUUAAUUUUUAAACUAAGACAUGGGAUGUAUUACAAGUGAUAAUAUAACACGCUGUAUAAGAAUUUUGUGUUAUAAGGGCGUAGAAUGAUUACCGGGACUUAUUACUUUGAAUAUUUUUGAAUUAAAUUUCUGAAUGGGAUCGAUCGUUGAAUUAAGUUAAACCUGAUAUCAUCUGUCGUCACAGCUGACGUGUGUAUGUUUGGAUUGAGAUUCAUAUACAUUAUACAACAUAGUUUUGGUAGCUUUGGUUUGUAUCGGCUUUCGUCUAUAUUACGUAGUGUUUUGAUUUUUAAUCUAAUAUGAUAAUAUUGGUAUCUCUUUUUUAUGCGUGUAAAUAAAAGGGAAGCAAGAUUUCGAUUUGUUAAAUUAUGUUCGUGAGGUUUGGGAAUGUUAUGUGAUUUUUGAUCAAUAAAUACGAAAGCUUAAAUUUGUUCAAUGAAGAUGUUUAAAGUAACAAGUCUCAAAAUGACGACUAUGUAAAAAUGUAUACGCCAAAGAUUAUUUGCUCUUAUAGGGGGUCGACGUGACGUCCGAUUGUCAAAGUAAACCCGCUGUCUACACUCUGUGAUGUGCUGUAUAAUGUAAAAACACCCCCCCCUCCCAACAUUGUAUACAGCGUGUUAUGUAAACUGCAUUUAUAUAAGUAACGCUUGGUGCGUGCGUGUGUUCGCUGUCAACCCGUAACUAUUUAAAACUAUUAAUAUUAUUGAAUAUUAUUAAUGUACAAUAGUUAUGAUUAAAAUGAUUUUUAAGCCAA